AACAAGGAAACCCCAAUUCCAUCUUCAGCCAACCUAAACCUGGCUCCAGACAUCUGGAAACGCCUAUUUCCGCCGCGAAACAGGAGGCCGCCACUCCCAAUCAUUCCCCAGAUCGGGAUCGGCCGCCGAUUUAAUCCCCUUAUGGAUAUCAACCUAUUCAAGUUUUGCUCCGCCCUCAAGGUGCUCGGCUACUUCAUGAUACUCCUCGUCGCCGCAAUAAUCGGCGUCUCCUACUACGCCGUCGUCCUGCUCACCUGGGCACCUCAGUUGUCUCGCGGUGGACUACAAUCCCUUUUGGCCUUUCUGAUAAUCAUAGCAUUCCAUGUCCUGCUUUUCAUGUUAGUGUGGUGCUAUUUUAUGGUUGUAUUUACGGACCCUGGUUCUGUUCCUGAAAAUUGGAGAUUGGUAUCGGCAGAGAACAAUUUGGAGGCCGGCGGUUCUUCCGUCGAUGCUCCACCGGAGACUUCUGAUAGACUAGAUGGAAGGCCGACUGCUGGCUACUGUGCUCAUUGCCAAAAUGGCAAGCCACCACGCUGCCACCAUUGCUCUAUCUGUCAAAGAUGUGUUCUGAAGAUGGACCACCAUUGUGUCUGGGUUGUGAAUUGUGUUGGAGCUCGCAACUACAAGUUUUUCCUUCUCUUUUUGCUUUAUACGCUUUUGGAGACAACAAUGGAUGUUCUUGUAUUGCUACCAAGUUUUAUCGAGUUCUUUAGUGAAGCGAAGAAUCAUUCAUCUAGUCCUGGCAAUUUAGCGAUAAUCUUUUUGGCUUUUGAUUCUGUACCUUGAUGCAGUUCUUAAUUUGGCUUUUGCGCUGAGUCUUCUUUGUUUCGUAGUUAUGCAUGCAUCUCUUCUAUCAAGCAACACUACAUCUGUAGAGGUUCAUGAGAAAAAAGGGGCAAUCAGAUGGAAGUAUGAUUUGGGCAGGAAAAGGAAUUUUGAGCAGGUAUUUGGCAAAAAGAAGGCAUUAUGGUUCUUCCCAUUGUUCUCAAAAGAGGAUCUGGACAACAUACCAGCACUUAGGGGCCUAAGUUUUCCAACACGUUCAGAUGUCGAGGCAUGAGUUUCAGUGAGAUUACACGAGUCUCGUUCUGGCUCUCAACUAACUAUUGUAUCAUGGCGCUUUCUGUUGAUUAUUUCUCAAAUGUGUCGAAGUCCAAGAACCAGUGCUAGUGCUUCAUUGUAUGAUUUGAUUAGUGCUUCAUUGUAUGAUUUGAUUAAAUUCAUUUGUAACUUCAGUUGGAGGAUGUACACUUGAAAGUUUUCGACUUGUUAACUGAAUUUUGACUUCAGGGCGGCAUUCCGGCCUUAUCCUGAUGGCAUAAGUGGUUGUGCAAUUGA